UAUUGCUUUUGAUACAACUAAACAGCUUGUUGAUUUGUCUUAAUACCGCUUUUUUUUGGGACUGAUAAUGUCCGAUCCGGAACUCAAACCCCCUGCCAGUAACCAACCGCUGAGGCCACCUCAGGUGGUAUCUCUAGCAGGAUCCGCAGGUGGCCUCCAAUUGCCCGUCACUGCGCCUCAAAAGCUGAAUGGAUCAGCUUCCUCCUCCGCUUCGGGUUCAGCCACAGGCAAUCCCCGCAACAAGUGCGCUUUGAAGCCAGGCUAUUCUUUGAUGAGCUGGAUACGAUUGUGCAACUCCGGAGCGGAUCUAUCGGGUACCGGAGGACGUGUGGUGCCUGUUUCCCGGACCGAAUUGGCUCUCCACAACAAGAUCGGCGAUGCCUGGAUGGCCAUUCGAGGUUGUGUUUUUAAUGUCACUCGUUAUAUGGACUUUCAUCCGGGUGGAGUUGAUGAAUUAAUGCGAGGAGUUGGACGCGAUGCCACCAAAUUAUUUGACGAGGUGCACGCCUGGGUUAACUAUCCACAAUUGCUCGGGAAAUGCUACGUGGGCCCACUCAAAGAGAAUGAGUCAAAACAAUCCAAAGAUAGUCCCCAGAUUACCAAUGUAAUUUUAAAACCACCAGAGAUUGUUCCGCGUUUUGAUUGGAUUCAGCAGAGGAGCGAACUCACCCUGAUUUUUUACACCCGCAGCUUGAUCAAUCCGGGAUUGCUAAUCCGGCAAAAGGAUUCACAACAGUUGGCAGUAAGAGUUUUGGUUCAGAACAACUGGCAUUGCUUUGACUUUCAGCUAACGAAUAAGGUAAAGUGGCCUCCAAAAGUGGCCAAAAUCGGUGCGGAGACGGGGAAGAUUGAAGUGGUUUUUGGCAAGGCAGAAGAGGAACCCUGGUCAACAUACGGCACACAUGUAUCCAGCAAGCUUAGCUCCACCAGCAUACAAGAGGAGUCUUACGACUAUGAGGUGAUUCUCCGUAACGAUUUCAACCACGACUCCUUUGAAUUGCAACUGAAAAGUGUUCAGCCAGUAUUGAUGCUCCUGCCAGUAGGUUACCAUGUGGAUAUAGAAGUCCACCUGGAUGGAGAUAUAAUUCAGCGCAGCUAUACACCUGUGGAUGAGUUCUAUUCGAAUUUGGACAAGAAGACGCACUUGAAUUCGGAAUGCUUAAACUUUCUGAUUAAAAGAUAUACCGAUGGACCAGUUUCUAGUCACCUGCAUCAGCUCCAAGUUGGUUCUCACAUUCAAUUAAGCCCACCACGGGGAAAUUUCCAGCUUUCCGAACUAACUGCGCACAGGAACAUACUUCUCUUGGCAGCAGGAAGCGGAUUGACACCCAUCUUAAGUUUAAUUCAGCCCAUUCUAAAAAGAAGCACAAAUCGAAUCGAAAGCUUAAAGCUGUUUUACUUUAACAAAACCACAGAAGACAUCUGGCUGAAGGAAAAACUAGAGGAAAUACACUUGAAGGAUGAGCGAUUUAGCUGCACAAAUUUUCUGUCCCAGGCUGAGAGUAACCCACAAAGGAUAUCGCUGGAGCUACUAACUCCAAUGUUCCAGAAAAAACAGCCGGACUGUUGUACUUACAUAGCAAUUUGUGGACCAAGUGGUUUUAACAACGCAGCAGUAGAUAUUUUGACACAGCUGGAGGUUAAGCCCAACCAAUUGCACGUGUUUCGAGGCUAAAUCAUAAUUGUUUUCUUUGCGCACUUAAACUUCAUCUCUUUUAUUUACUGUA